AUGAGGGUACUUUUCACCGUGUUUUCUCUGUUCGCCGCGUGUUACGCCUACGACGCCGUCCUCUUCUCCAAUCAGAGAGAAAUUGGAGGAUUACCAGUGGAACAACUGGUGAAAGGGGCCACCGCCGAGGAGCCGAUCGUCUUCAUCGUCAACCCAGAUUUCACUCUUGGACAAUUCUCUGUGAAAGCCAACGCCUAUUCCGCCGAGCCAGCGACUGAUUUCUUGGCGAAAUCUGUGAAGAAUAGCAACUUCCACGAGUCACAAUACUUCCCACAUCAGAUUGAGGCCUCCUCGGCUCAAGUGCUCACCUCCUCGGCGUCCUACAAAUCAGGCGCCGCCAUCUACAUUCUCGCCGGCGAAGAAUGGACAUCAAUGGAGCAAUUGGCGGAAGAGCUCAUCUCAAAAAUCGAUAAUUCCAUCGGAAUCCUCACUUCCACCGACGCCGUCUAUCAUGAAUCAACGAAUCGUGUGAAACGAGUGGCGACUGACGAAUUCGACGCCGCCUCCAAUUCAAACUCCCCGAGCACUGGCUCCCCGGCUACUGGAGCAUUCCCAUUCCCACUCGUCCUUCCACCUUAUAACAAUACCAAUCUGAAAGUGGCACCAGAAGCGAAUCUCACUUGCCUACUGUAUCUUGAGGGUGUCUCCGUCGUUGUUCAACAGAAAAAUGAUAAAACUCUCGCCUACGCGGCCGCAUUCGUCCCUGGAUCGAAUUUGACCUACGCUUACGCGGAUGGUGAUGUGAAGUGCGCCAAGGGAACCAUUGGAGAAUUCAUUUUUAGACUUCGCCUCACUUUGACACAGGAUAUUAAGGGAAAACAGUUCAAUACGGACGCGUUUUCGAUGAAAUCUGGGGAUUUGAUUGAUGUGACAUUGAAUAUUACUGGAGAUAUCUUUGGAUAUUGGCAAUUGAGUGGAGCCACACUUCAUGAGGCGGCGAUUACCGGAACUGGCGCUUAUAAGAGUGCCAAGUCUCAAGAGCAAACAAUCGGUGAAGUCGAAACUCGUUACUCGAAAAUCAACUCGGUUGCGGGAUGGGCUCUCGCGUGUGGUCAGACUCAAGCCGUCUUCUUCCCCACCGACGAUCAAACCGUCAAAAUCGGAAUCGCCUUGGUGAACACUCAAAUUCAGACAUUCAACAUCCGCAAUCCGGAUGCAUGGCUCAAAGCGCCUCAUUUCACUCUUCAAACCGAAGAUUGUACUGGAACAUUCUCCGCCGGAUCGUGGAUGGGCAUCGUGUCGGCUCUUGUGCUCAUCGCCGGACUCAUCUUCGGUUAUGUGAUGCUCCAAUCGGUUCAGACGAUGGAUAGAUUCGAUGAUCCGAAACAGAAGCAGAUUGUUAUCAAUGUUAGAGAAUAA